AAUGCAGAGAACGCGGCUUCGUCAUCCAAAGACGAAGACGAAGAGAGAGCGUGUCAACACAACACAACCAUCAUCCUCAUCAACAUCGUCCUCGUCUCCUCCAUUUCUCGGCCACCGUGCUCCAAUUCCUCCCUCCAAUCUUCCCCUCUGUUUUUGUUCUAGUAUUAUAUAAUAUAUAUUAGCUUCACAUCAGGACAGCCAUGACAGGCAAGGAAUUACUCAACAAGAUGAAGGAGAAAGUUUUAGGUCCAUCGGACCCUGACUCUGGCAAAGGAAAGAGCAAGAUGUCACAUUGUAUAACACAUGGUUACCACUUGGUAAAGGGAAAAUCUCAUCAUGCUAUGGAAGACUAUGUUGUUGCACAGUUUAAGCAAAUUGAAGACCAUGAGCUAGGACUAUUUGCAAUCUUUGAUGGGCAUUUGAGUCAUGAAAUUCCUGAAUACUUACAGAAUAAUCUCUUCAACAAUAUCUUAAAAGAGCCUGAAUUCUGGAAAGAAACAGAGGAUGCAGUCAGGAGAGCUUAUCGAAUUACUGAUUCUAACAUUCUGGACAAAGCAGUCGAUUUGGGCAAAGGGGGCUCAACUGCUGUCACAGCCAUAUUAAUUGACUGCCGCAAGCUUGUGGUAGCCAAUGUUGGGGAUUCCCGUGCUAUUAUCUGCAAGAAUGGUGUGGCUAAGCAGCUAUCUGUUGAUCAUGAGCCGAGCAUGGAGAGAGAGGAAAUCGAGAACAGAGGUGGUUUUGUGUCAAAUUUUCCAGGGGACGUACCACGUGUUGAUGGGCAGUUGGCUGUAGCGCGGGCAUUCGGUGAUAAGAGCUUGAAGAAACAUUUAAGUUCCGAACCUUUUGUGAUGUCGGAGACGAUAGAUGAUGAAACAGAGUUUGCUGUCUUAGCAAGUGAUGGACUAUGGAAGGUGAUGACAAACCAAGAAGUUGUAGAUGCCAUAAAAAAUAUAAAGGACGCCCGAGCAGCAGCAAAGCACCUUACUGAAGAGGCAGUCAAUAGGAAGAGCUCGGACGAUAUCUCCUGUGUAGUUGUAAGAUUUCGGUGAAUGUAUAAUUUCUCUCUGGCAUGUUUCUUCUCUGAUUGAACUUGGUUUAACAAUGUCUCAGAUAUGUUGUCUUUAUAAAACACCUAUGGCAUUAAAGUGUGCUUCCUCGGUGUGGUGUUCCUUUUACAUGUUGUACACUCUCUCAUCAAUCAAGAGAUUUUUAUUCUGC